UUGGAUUUCAGUGUUCUUUGUUUAAGUGAUGAACAUUUGGAAACCACUUACCAACAAGCACUGAGAUUCCUUGAACGUGGAAGCGGCCAUGGGAUUGAGGGUAAAAAGGCUGCAUAUCGUCUACUUGAUCAAGCUGCACAACAAGGACAUACAGAUUCGAUGAAAUUGAUGGCAUUCGCUCAUUUAUUCGGUGAUCGUGCUCGGUGGUCUAUCGACGAAGCGAAAAAGAUAUUUGAAGAACUGGCUGAAAACGGUUCGCCGGAUGCACAACUUGGCCUCGCAUUCAUGCAUGCUACUGGCCUAGGUAUGGCCAAAUCGAACCAAGCGAAAGCUCUGGUUUACUACAUGUUUUCGGCUCUUGGUGGUAACCCACUUUCACAAAUGGCGAUGGGCUAUCGAUAUUACGCAGGGAUUGCUGUCCCUCAAAAUUGCGAAAAUGCUCUGUCUUAUUACGAAAAAGCAGCAAAGAAGGUAGCGGAUGGUUUCAAAUUCUCUACUGGUCUAGCUAUUCAACGCAUACGACUGACAGAUGAAAUGGAACCGUCAUCAACAAAUACCGUGGCCGCGCCGAUGGAUCAGAAUUUAAUCGAAUAUUAUCGUUUCCUGGCUGAGAAAGGAGAUGUUUCUGCACAAGUCGGUCUUGGGCAACUGUACUUGAGCGGCGGACGUGGCGUGGAACAAAAUUUCGAGUUGGCCAACAAAUACUUUUCUUCGGCAGCCGAAUCUGGUCACGCUGGAGCAUUUGCCUUUCUUGGAAAGAUGUACCUUGACGGGACUCACGUAACGCCACAAGAUAAUGCAACGGCGUUUAAUUUUUUUCUCCGGAGUGCUGACAAGGGAAAUCAAAACGGUCAAGCUGGCCUGGGUAUUAUGUAUUUGCAAGGACGUGGUGUGCGCAAGGAUUACGAGAAGGCAUAUCGACUGUUUUCUCUUGCAGGCGAACAAGGCUGGGUAGACGCUCAGUUAUAUCUUGGAGAAAUGUUUUUCAAAGGCCUUGGUGUGAAGCGAGACUUUAAGGCUGCUUUGAAGUACUACCAAAUGGCGACACAAAAUGGUCACGUGCUUGCAUCAUACAACCUUGCACGAAUGCAUUCUUCCGGAAUCGGAGUAAUGAGACAGUGCAGCACGGCUGUGGAGUUUUAUAAAAAUGUUGCAGAACGUGGACGCUGGAGUGAGCGGCUAAUGGAGGCAUACAGUGCAUACAAAGAUGGUCGUCGAGACGAGGCAGCUGUGAAGUAUUUGUUUCUUGCUGAACUCGGUUAUGAACCAGCACAAACUAAUAUUGCAUACAUUCUUGACAGAGGGGAAGCCGAUUCAUUAUUCCCAACAUCUAAGGAAAAUGUUUUGGAGAGGGCUAUUGUACAAUGGCAACGUGCGGCUAACCAAGAGUACCCAUUAGCUAGAAUUAAGCUAGGUGACUACCACUAUUACGGAUGGGGAACGCCAGCUGACUAUCAGCAGGCUGCUCAACAUUACAAAUUAGCGGUCGAACGCCAUGCUACGGCGCAAGCCAUGUUUAACUUAGGUUUAAUGCAUGAACAAGGACUUGGAAUCACCAAGGAUCUUCACUUGGCAAAACGUUUUUACGACAUGGCUGCCGAACAGAGCUCCGACGCUGCAGUGCCAGUGGCAUUAGCUUUAGCUAAGUUGGCUGUGUUGUUCGUAUUAGAAAAAAUCAACAAGCAUCCCGUCAUUCAGUUGUUAGAAAGCUAUGUUGGACCUAAUUGGGACAUUAUGGCAAUGACCAUUCUCGCUGGUGUUCCUUUGAUUGUCUUUAUUAGGUGGAGGAGAGGACACAAUGCUUAG